GUUGGGGUGAGAGUUGGGGCGUGACCGAGGGCGUCGAAGACGCGACGACGUUAACCGCGGCGACGGCUACCGGUGGCCACACCCCUAAGGACGAGAUGAGCCCAAGCUUUACGGCCGAAAGGGAAGAAGAAGUUGAUGCUGCUGCUGCUGCUGCUGCUGCUGCUGCUGCUGCUGCUGCAGCAAGUCCCGCGAACACGUCGCAAGCAGCAGGUCCCGUAGACUCCUCGCUCGCUGAUGACUUGAACUCUACACCACCGGCAGCCGGAGCGGCGGCGUACGACGCAACGAAUACGGUUGCCCCUGGGGACGACCGGCCCGCCGCAGAGCCGGACCCUGCUGCCGUAGUCCUGACGGACGGAAUACUGCUCAUGUGGAAGUCGCUAUCGAGGGCCCACGUCGCGACGGCCGUGCUGUGGCGCCCCUCCCGGGAGGCGAAGGGCGAGGACGCCCACAGCGAGAGGCACUUCCGCACGGCGGAGCAGCGGCUGAGGCCGCCCCGCUGGUCCGAGAUCAACGUGCGGGUGUACGAGGACAUUUUUGUCUGGAGGGACAGGACCGCCCGCAGGCUGGACGACGGGGUGGCCUACGUCUGCCCCGGGGACACCCUGAUCGAGGUGGCCCUGGCGAUGCCGACGACGGUGGACGGCCUUCGGCGGGUGGCGGUUCCCCUGUCGCCGGUGCUCGGGAACGGCGAUACCCCGGAGGCCGCCGAGCUUGUCCGGGUGGUGAGGGUUGCGCUUGGCCUGACUGGUGAGGACGAUCGUGGACGGGGGGCGCUUGUGGUGCCUGUGGAGGAAGAGCCUGAGGAGGAGGCGCUUGGACCGCCUGCUGAGGACGAUCGUGGGCGGGGGGCGCUCGGAUUGCCUGUUGAAGAGGAGCGUGAGUGGGGGGUGCUUGGAAUGCCUGCUGACAACGAGCGUGUGGUGGGGGCGCUUGGACUGCCUGCUGAGGAGCAUAGAGCGAGGGGGUGGAGAAUAGGCGGCCGCUGGGGCAGUAGGCGAGAUGGGGUGGUUUACUCGAAGACGGUGGUGGCGCUGGCCGCGGCCACGGCUGCGACUGCGGGAGUCAUCGUCGCCGUUUGGAAACGUAGGAAAGCCUAACCGCGGGUAGUUUUGACCUUGAAGGGUGUUUCUGAGGAGAGGCGUCGACAGGCAGGCAGGGCACAUGUCGGCGGUCUACCACAAUAAGCCCGCGCGUGUUACUCUCACGGUGCCACGCAAUGGGAUUCUGCCGCGUAGCAACGCGAAGCACGGAUUGAGCACUCUGUUAUCUUCUGUCACUUCCAGGCAGGUGGCAGCGUUUCUUUUUUGUGUUUCCGCUCAGUUGCGUAUUUUGUCGACGGCCGGUGGGCAUUUUAUCCACCCGUACAGAGGGUGGGCGGAAUUUUGCGAGAGGACCUCUGAUGACCAUGUACGCGGAAGCGAACCCUGAAAAUUGCAUGGCAGAGAGGUCAUUUAUGGAGGAUACCAGGAUUUUUUUUGUGAACAAUGGAGAUUUGGCUGGAUAGUAGGGGGUCUCACUUACCUUCUACGACAUU